UCAGCGCCCAGCGGCCCCUGGGGCACUCAGGCCCAGGUCUCUCCUGUGGACAGAGCGCCCCAUGCGUGCCGGCCUUGGCUUCUGCCGUGGCCGUGUUGACCUGGGUGCUGCUGCGAGCUCGGGGCUGUGCUCCUUGGAGCCUUGACCUGCUGAGCUCUGCUGGUCUGGGUGCCGCCGGCCUCUCUUUGUGACGUUCACGAUGUAGAGAGCUGGGCCGUGGCGCACACCUGGGAUCCCAUUCAGGAGGCUGAGGCAGGAGGAUCUCAAGUUUGAGGUCAGCCUCGGCAGUGUAGCAAGAGCUUGUCUCAAAAUAAAUAUAACAGGGGUUGGGGAUGUGUGGGUCAGUGGUAGGGCACCUGCCUAGUGUGUGCCAGCCAGGCCCGGGUUCAACCCCUCGGCUGCGAAGAUGAAAUGCAAUCUUAAAAUGAAAUGAAAUGAAGUCAUGGACUAAAGCAGGUGUGUCUGGGUGUCUCCCUGCCCGCUGGCUUGGAGGAAUGAUACGGAGGGGGUGACAUGGCCUCUGUCUCUGUGCAAGGAGGACCUGUGGAUUCGUGCUGCGACCCCACCCCCUAAGGAGACUGUCCUCCUGCGCCCUGUCCCCCAGACCCUUCAUUUGCAGUGGCACCCCCUCGUCACACCUCUGCCCUGUUCUUUCCACUCAGCCGCUGACCCCCAGUUAAUCCCUCCCAACUGUCUUAUUUUUGCCAGGGGAGUGUGAACUCCAAGGUGACGGUCCUCCUGUCCCUGUCUGUGACUCCCUGAAGUACCAGCAGGCCCGCUGACGGCUGGGGUCUGGGGUCCUGAGGCUGCCAGCGGACUAUGGGUACGACGGCCAGCACAGCCCAGCAGACGGUCCCGGCAGGUGCCCCCUUCGAAGGCCUCCAGGGCGGCAGCGCCGUGGACGGGCGGCCCUCACUCAGCGUCCAUUCCUUCCAGACCAUGAGCGUGCACAACAGCAAGGCCAAGUCCAUCAUCCCCAACAAGGUGGCCCCGGUCGUGAUCACGUACAACUGCAGGGAGGAGUUCCAGAUCCACGACGAGCCGCUCAAGGCCCACUACACGCUGGGCCGCCUCUCGGACGCCACCCCCGAGCACUACCUGGUGCAGGGCCGAUACUUCCUGGUGCGGGAUGUUCCUGAGAAGGUGGACGUGCUGGGCACCUCAGAGAGCUGCGGGGCCCUCAACUUCCGGCAAGGGCGCGGCGGGUUCGCCGUGUUUGGCAUGGGGCAGCCCAGCCUCCUGGGAUUCAGGCGCAUCCUCCAGAAACUUCAGAAGGAUGGACACAAGGAGUGCGUCAUCUUCUGCGUGCGCGAGGAGCCCGUGCUGUUCUUGCGUGCUGGCGAGGACCUCGUGUCCUACACACCUCGCGACAAGCAGAACCUUCACGAGAACCUCCAGGGCCUGGGUCCGGGGAGCCAGGCGGAGAGGUUGGAGCUGACCAUCCAGAAGGAGAUCCACGACUUUGCCCGGCUGAGCGGGAACACUUACCACGUGUACCACAGCACGGGGGACCUGCAGGGGGAGCCCCACGCCGUGACCGUCCGGGCUGAGGAUGACGUGCAGGUGACCAAGGAGGUGUACCAGCGGCCCCUCUUCCUGCAGCCCACCUACAGGUACCAGCGCCUGCCCCUGCCUGAGCAAGGUGCCCCCCUGGAAGCCCAGCUCGACGCCUUCGUCAGUGUCAUCAGGGAGACCCCCAGCCUAUUGCGGCUCCGUGACGCCCAUGGGCCUCCACCGGCCCUCCUCUUCAGCUGCCAGUCAGGCGUGGGCAGGACCAACCUGGGCAUGGUGCUGGGCACCCUCGUGCUGUUUCACCACAGUGGGACGAUCUCACAGCCAGAGGCCGUCCCUCCGCAGACCCGGCCGCUGCCCAUGGAGCAGUUCCAGGUGGUCCAGAGCUUCCUCUGCACCGCGCCCCAGGGGAGGAAGGUGGUAGAGGAGGUAGACAGGGCCAUCGCCGCCUGCGCGGAGCUGCAUGAUCUGAAGGAGGAGGUCCUGGAGGGCCAGCGGCAGCUGGGAGCCACCCAGAGCAGGGUGCAGGGAAGCGGUGGCCAGCAUGACGUCCAGCAGAGGGCGCUGCAGAGCCUGGAGCGAUACUUCUACCUGAUCCUGUUUAACUACUAUCUCCACGAGCAGUACCCCCUGGCCCUUGCCCUCAGUUUCAGCCGCUGGCUCUGUGCCCACCCUGAGCUCUACCGCCUGCCUGUGACACUGAGCCCCGCGGGGCCCGCGGCCCCCAGGGACCUCAUCGCCAAGGGCUCCCUGGAGGCCGAUGACCUUGUCUCUCCGGAUGCUCUCAGCACCAUCAGGGAGAUGGACGUGGCCAACUUCCGGCGAGUGCCCCGCAUGCCCAUCUAUGGCACAGCCCAACCCAGCGCCAAGGCCCUGGGCAGCAUCCUGGCCUACCUGACUGAUGCCAAGAGGAAGCUGCGGCAGGUGGUCUGGGUCAACCUGCGGCAGGAGGCCGUGCUACAGUGUGAUGGCCACACCCACAGUCUGCCAUUGCCCGGGCCAGCGCUGCUCCCCGACCAGUUGGAGGCCCUGGAGACCCAGCUGAAGGCCCACCUGAGUUCGACGUCCCCCGACACGAAGGGCCCACCGAGCCCCCGGUUCCAGACGUGCCUCACCAUGCGGGAGGUCUUCAGCCAGCACCACGGAGCCUGCCCCGGCCUCACCUACCACCGCAUCCCCGUGCCCGACUUCUGUGCCCCCCGUGAGGAGGACUUCGACUGCCUGCUGGAGGCCUUGCGGGCUGCUCUUGCCAAGGACUCAGGCUCCGGCUUCGUGUUCAGCUGCCUCAGUGGCCAGGGCCGGACCACGACGGCCAUGGUGGUGGCCGUGCUGGCCUUCUGGAGCAUCCAAGGCUGCCCGGAGGUGGGCGAGGAGGAGCUGGUGAGUGUGCCAGAUGCCAAGUUCACCAAGGGAGAGUUUCAGGUGGUGAUGGACGUGGUGCAGCUGCUGCCUGAUGGGCACCACAUGAAGAAGGAGGUGGAUGCAGCGCUGGACACAGUCAGUGAGACCAUGACACCCAUGCACUAUCACCUGCGGGAAAUCAUCAUCUGCACCUACCGCCAGGCAAAGGCCGCCAAGGAGGAGCAGGAGGCGCGGAGGCUGCGGCUGCGCAGUGCGCAGUACCUGGAGCGCUACGUCUACCUGAUCCUCUUCAACGCCUACCUCCACCUGGAGAAGGCCGGCUCCUGGCAGAGGCCCUUCAGCACGUGGAUGCGGGAGGUGGCAUCGAAGGCCGGCGUCUAUGAGAUCCUGGACCGGCUGGGCUUCCCUGAGCUGGAGAGCCUGGAGGACCAGCCCUUCUCGAGGCUGCGACACCGGUGGCAGGAGCAGAACCUCGGUCCUGAGCCCUCUGCUGCUGGGGACUUCCUGUAGGGGCUUCCCUGCCUCUCCUGCAAGGCUGGGGGGACUCUGAGUAUCUCUGGCUGGGACUGGCCCUGGGGGCUGCCUGGAGAGCCUGGGUGGGAGCCUUUUGGGAGAGAGCUUCGUGUGGGACAUGCAGACGGCACAGCCGCUCCUGGUAACCGAGACGCACGUGGAGGAGCCUCCAGGGAACUACAGGGUGGACACCUUGUAGGCUGGCUGGCACUCGGCUUCCGAGGAGCGCCCCCCUCUGGUGCCCACAGCUAACCGCCACCUUCCGUCCUCUCCAGUCCCUCUCAGUGGCUCUGAGCCCUGCGGGGCUGGUUCCUUCCUUUCUUGCUCCCUUCACCCUCCCCUUUGCCGCCUGAGCCCUGGCUGUGGGUCCCUGGCUGCCCGAGGUGAGGGGACAGUGCUCCGGGUGAUUGAUCAGUUUUCUUGCGUCUCCUGCCUGUCCCCAGCCUGGGCACUGGGAGGACAACGGCAUGGCGCUGGGCUGCCGGAGCCUUUCCUCUCCCUCCUUCCCACUCCCCUGGGGCUGGCAGGAUGGCAGAGGUCCCCAACCAGCUUAAAAUCCCUCUUAGGAGAGGAAGAAGUCUCCAGCACAGCCGGAAGUUCUGCUCCGUUUGCCCAGCAGCCUGGGCUGCAGGUGCGGAAGAGCCAGAGCCUGGGGCUGCGGCCCCUCUGCUCCUCCUUCCUGUCCCACCCGUGCAAGAUGGCCCCACCUGCUGCUGGGAGCCCCAAGGACUUCGGAUCCACAACAGGCUCCGGGGUGGCCCUUGUGAACCGUGGAAUGUGGGACUGGGCCAAGGAUGCAGGAGGGUCACCUGAUUCCAGCCCGUCCUCACAGAGGAUCCUUGAGCUGUCUCCCCAGCCACAGGAAGGGCCAGACACCGCUGAGGCAGGUCACUGGAGUUACCUCGCCUAGUUGAAGGCGGCACGGAGAAGUGACAGAAAGGGCCGCGUGGGUUGAGAUUGCCUCUCCUCUGUUUGGAGGCUGGUGUUUGCUGAAACCCAGGCCCUGGGCGGUGAGGAGCCUGUCCUCCCGCCUGGCCAUGGGGCCAGGGAGGCCUCUCUGGGGAGCUCAUGCCCAUCUGCAGAAAAUUAGGAGGUGCCCUUCUCGUUGGCUGCCAUAUCUGAAAGGGAGAGAGGAGGCCAAAGCUGUCUACUUGUGCCCAGUGUUGGGAAGUAGGGACCCUCUUAGCUGAAUUAUUUUUGCAAAACUACUGUAUGUCUGCUCACUACCUUUUCAGAUUUGUUUUAUAAUUUUGCAUGUACUCAAAAAUUUUAAUUUGUUUGCAGACAAGGUCUAGCUGAGGAGUCAGAGACUGGGGCUACACUGGGAGGGAUCUCUGUGUUCUCAUGGUUGACCCUGACUUUCAGCUGUGCUGGGACCACUGGCCGAUCACUUCACCUCUCUGCCUCAGUUUCCCCAUCUGUAAAAUGGGAGAAUAAUACUUGCCUACCUACCUCACAGGGGUGUUGUGAGGAAUCAUUUGUGAUUUUAUUUUAUUUUUUUUUGUACAGAGCUUUUUGGCAUUAAAAACAGCUUAAAUGUGAA